AUGAAGGACUUUGGAGAAGAAAGACAGGUAAGGUAAGCAUAACCUUUAAAGGAAGAGGUGUCUACAAUGACUUGUAGAGGAGACUGAGUUGAGACAGAGGCUGUUGUAGGAUUAUGAAUCUAAUGUUUGCAUGCCCUUGCAUAAUAAUAACAUUAGCAUCUUUUCAACAUUUGGAUGGAUGCAUAAAAGCUGAGCUGUGAUUUAGCUAUUUUACUCAGUCACUGCUGACACCCUGCUGUGAUCCUGCCUGAAUGCGUUAUUUUUGUUUUCUGUGUGUCACGUGGUAUUCUCUCUCUCCUAGGGGCUGCUACAGUGUGUCAAUGUAGUAAUCUGACUAUUCCUACUGUACUUGGUGUGGCUGCUCACAAAACAAUGGGGCACAGUUACAAUCAUGGCCAACAAACACUGUAUGUACGCAAAUCUGCAGGCUGGUGCACAAUGGCAGCAUGAAUAUAUUUUUGUGAGACUGUGUGUGUCUAUGUGUUUGUGUCUGCAUGCGUUUGUGUAGAAGAAGGACAAUCAUCGCUUGUUCGUGUGUGGAGGGGGAGAGAGUGGGUGAGAGGGGACGGGAGGGGAGGAAAAAAAGAAUGAAGUUGUGGGAGUGUGUCUGUGCGAGUGUUGGGAGUUCCACUGAUAGACCUUUUGUGUAGAGCAGCUCUCAACAUAUGUAUUAGUUUUGCUGUCUGUCUCACAAAGAUAAACUCAUUAUAGGGAUUAAAUGGUGCACUGUGAAGAGAGAAGAAUGUCCUCCCUCUUACUAAAGCUUGGAUGCUUCUAUCUCCUACUGUACUGUAGCAAGCAGGGCUGGAUUGCUAAAGGCAGACAAAAACAUGCUGUUCUGCAACAAAGUAGCAAUAACUACCCUCUUUUACCUUAAUUUGAAUUGAUAAUCCAGGGUAAUUAUUAACUUCCACAGUUUAGACCGUACACCCUCCAGGUUCUUUGCAGACACUUUGAUGUAGUGAGUACUCUCCAUUCAUUGGGUACUGUAUGUGUUCCAGACAGCACUCCCGAAUGGCUUCUCUGCCUUUUGGGACACAGUGGCGGGGAUCCAGGAUAUCUUUAUUACAGUUCCACUGCUCAGGCUAUCAGAUCUAACAGCGACUGGAAACCACUUUCAUAUGAUAGCCUAUCGCUGUCUUCUGAGAUGCACAGCGCAACUACAAAAACCGCAGCAUGUUAUGGAGGUAAUAUACUGUUGGCCUGAAUAGGCCUAGUUGAUGAUCUGUUUUGCUGUGGUGGUGGGUACUCGUGUAGUGUGAAGACAGCUAGCUGCAGUGGUGUACUGUCUGUGUCACUUGUGUCUUUAAGGGGAGAGAGGAUGUGGGCGAGACAGAGGCUGCAGGGGGAGACUGGCUGCAAUGACGGUGACAAAAUUUCCAUCCAUUUUUCAGUUUUCUGUCUUUGUUCAAUUUUGCAUGGGCCCUAUGCUAACUUCGGGAGCCCAGGCUUCGAACAAAACACAAUUUGGAUGGGUGGCCUCUGGAGAAUAGCCCUGUGCUGGUCUCUAACAACACAAAAUACACCCACUGGUUUUGUCUAGCAAUAUAAACCUUGGUAAGUUUUUUGCUAAACCCUGUUCUUAUUAUGGGCUGGGGGAUGGUCUCUGUCAGCUAGGCUAUAUCCCCUCAGCCUCAACCCACCCCCAAAGAGAUGACCUUUUGGAUUGAAUCCCCCUAAGGUAAAUAGAGUGGUUUGACUGCGGCUCGAUUUAGUGGUGCUGGGUUGACUGCAGCUGGAUUUAGUGGGGUGCACAUAUGGUGACAUCCAUUAGCCAAGAUCAGCCAUCAUAAUGAGCUCUGACUAGUGGGCCUCCAUACCAGUAUACGGCUGUAGAGAAAUGCAGUAUGGGGUUAGUGCGAAAUCUUGUACUGAUGACGAUAAUGUUGUGAAUGAAGAUGAGGAUACUCUCUGACCUCUAACCUCCUUGUUCUCUCCCCAGGACCAUGGACCUGAGCUUGCAUGACGCUCUCACGGAUGGGGUGCCCCAGUCGGGCCCGGACAACCCGGUGAGGAGGGACUUCAUGGCUUCCCUGGAGAAAGAGACCUUUGAUGACAAAGUGGGCGAGACUGUGGGAAAGACUGACUACCGCCCUCUGCUGGACGGGAAGGAUGGAAAAGGUAAACUGGGAUGCAGGAUGUAUGGAGGCUUUGUGGGAAUGGGUUAACCCACAGAGAGAAUUGGGGCAGCAGAGAGACAAUCCAGUGAGAGGAUUUAGCUGAUUAUUUUGCUCAGUAAAAGCAUAUAUUGUGACGUAUACCUGAAUGUCAGCUGCUUACAACUUUAGGAUAGACAAUCUGUGAGUUCCCUGCCUCCACUUUAAUCCCUCUUUUAUAUCUAUACAGAUUAUCCUUAUCUCAUAUGCAUACAAUAUCAUGUACACAUAUGCUAUUGUGUGUACAGUAUAGUAUGUGUAUCAUGUAGUGUGUAAGCAAAUGUGUUAAAUAAUGGAGAGAGAGGAGACCUAAGAGACAGAGGAACCAGGCCAGACAAUGUUCAGGAACAGAACCACCCGCUCCAGCGCCUGUUAUUUACUGUACACUCUUCCUGCCACAGCGUGUGUGCGUGUGUGCGUCGUGUGGGUGCCUGUGUGUAUGUGUGCACCCGCACUCGCGUGGAUGUGUGUGCAUGUGCUGUUUGUUUUGGUUUGUUGCUGCCAUCCUACUGUAUUGAAGGGCAACACCACUACUGUUGAACCUCAUUUUGAUGAUCUACAGCACAAUGAUAGUGUCUCCAUACACUACCAGUCCAAAGUUUUAGAACACCUACUCAUUCAAGGGUUUUUCUUUAUUUUUACUAUUUUCUACAUUGUAGAAUAAUAGUGAAGACAUCAAAACUAUGAAAUAGCACAUAUGGAAUCAUGUAGUAACCAAAAAAGUGUUAAACAAAUCAAAAUAUAUUUUAUAUUUGAGAUUCUACAAAUAGCAACCCUUUGCCUUGAUGACAGCUUUGCACACUCUUGGCAUUAUCUCAACCAGCUUCAUGAGGUAGUCACCUGGAAUAUAUUUCAAUUAACAGGUGUGCCUUAAAAGUGAAUUCGUGUAAUUCCUUCUUAAUGCGUUUGAGCCAAUCAGUUGUGUUUUGACAAGGUGGGGGGGGGUAUACAGAAGAUAGCCCUAUUUGGUAAAAGACCAAGUCCAUAUUAUGGCAAGAACAGCUCAAAUAAGCAAAGAGAAAUGACAGUCCAUCAUUACUGACAUGAAAGUCAGUCAAUAUGGAAAAUGUCAAGAACUUUGAAAGUUUCUUCAAGUGCAGUCGCAAAACCCAUCAAGCACUAUGAUGAAACUGGCUCUCAUGAGGACCGCCACAGGAAUGGAAGACCCAGAGUUACCUCUGCUGCAGAGGAUAAGUUAAUUAGAGAUACCAGCCUCAAAAAUUGCAGCCCAAAUAAAUGCUUCACAGAGUUCAAGUAGCAGACACAUCUCAACAUCAACUGUUCAGAGGAGAAUGUGUGAAUCAGGCCUUCAUGGUCGAAUUGCUGCAAAGAAACCACUACUAAAGGACACCAAUAAGAAGAAGAGACUUGCUUGGGCCAAGAAACACGAGAAAUGGACAUUAGACCGGUGGAAAUGUGUCCUUUGGUCAUGAGUCCAAGUUGGAGAUUUUUGGUUCCAACCGCCGUGUCUUUGUGAGACGCGGUGUGGGUGAACGGAUGAUCUCCGCAUGUGUAUUUCCCACCAUAAAGCAUGGAGGUGGGGGUGCUUUGCUGGUGACACUGUCUGUGAUUUAUGUAGCAUUCAAGGCACACUUAACCAGCAUGGCUACCACAGCAUUCUGCAGCGAUACACCAUCCCAUCUGGUUUGGGCUUAGUGGGACUAUCAUUUGUUUUUCAACAGGACAAUGACCCAACACACCUCCAGGCUGUGUAAGGGCUAUUAUACCAAGAAGGAGAGUGAUGGAGUGCUGCAUCAGAUGACCUGGCCUCCACAUUCCCCUGACCUCAACCAAGUUGAGUUGGUUUGGGAUGAGUCAGAUGGCAGAGUGAAGGACUAGCAGCAAACAAGUGCUCAGCAUAUAUGGGAACUCCUUCAAGACUGUUGAAAAAUAAUUCCAGGUGAAGCUGGUUGAGAGAAUGCCAAGAGUGUGCAAAGCUGGCAUCAAGGCAAAGGAUGGCUAUUUGAAGAAUCUCAAAUAUAAAAUAUAUUUUGAUUUGUUUAACACUUUUCUUUGUUACUACAUGAUUCCAUAUGUGUUAUUUCAUAGUUUUGAUGUCUUCACUAUUAUUCUACAGUGUAGAAAAUAGUAAAAAUAAAGAAAAACCCUUGAAUGAGUAGGUGUUCUAAAACGUUUGACCGGUAGUGUAGGUGAAAAUGGAGCAUAUCUACAUUUUGUAUAAAAAAAGGUCUACCCGAUGACAUUUUAAAAACAGUGAUUUUCAAAGACUAUGAGAUUCGUGGUGACAUGGGGAGCAAUAAAAAACCCUCCCCUUAGCUAGAAAGUCAUUGCACGUUUUGAAAAUCGCUGUUUUUAUACGUUUAAUCCUACCCUGUGAUGUCACAGAGAAGGAUUAUUUAGGGCCGUUUUAUCUUUUUAACUACAGUUGAUAGAAAUGUGUUGUUUUCACAUACAGUAUUUAGACACUGGUUCGGUGCUGGAGACAAUUAAUAUUAGGUUGAAAAGUGAUGGAAUUGCCCUUUCAGUUUGUGUGUCAACCUGAACCAAAGUCAAAGAGGGACAAUGUGUAUUUAAAAAAUAUUAUUUGUGACUCACACCAUUUCUUAUGCAGUCUUUGGGAUCUCUGUGAUUCAGUGGUAUUGUGCACUGAUGUUAUUGUGAACAGAUUUUUCCUGAACUUGAACUUCAUCUUGGGUGGCAACUUCCCCCUGAUUUUAUCUAAAAUAAAUUUCACACAAAAAAAUUGCCUACUGGAAAACUGUGUUUGUUUCCAUCUGCCAAGAAAGUGCUUCACAGUUCAUGAGAACUCUGUCAAGAGCAUUUGUGGAAAUUCACUCCUUUGGGCCAUUCCCAUCACUGUGGUUCACCCUCAAAUGUAAUUGUUUAUUGUGUUGCAUGGGCACAUUUUCACAGCUGAAUCAUCCUCUUUUGGCUAUGUUGGAUGGCAAUUGGUAUUUUAGCCCCAGAUUGCAAUACCUAUUUUGCACAGGAAUAACAACAGAGAAAGUGAGAGAAAAAAUCAUAGAACAAAAAGUUCAGAGAAUAAAGAUUAUUUUUCAUAACUCUACCAUUAGACAACGCUGCUCCUCACAGAAACAGUAGAAGUACAUAGCCAGCUAAUAAAUGUGACCGGUAAUAUGAUAAAGCUCAAAUGUACAGCGAUAAAUCUCCUCCACUCCAGAUAUAAAAUCCAUCCUUCCAGUCAGUUCCUUCAGAUCCAACUCUCUAACCCACAGACAGUCUCAUUAUACCUCAGACAGACAGACAGACUCCAAGCACCCAGAGCACUCCCUUUCUCUCUCUUUCUCUCCCUCUCUCUCCAUCUAUCUCUCUCUCACCUCUCCCUUUCUACUUCUCUCUUUUUCGCCCUCUCUCCAUCUAGAUGACUAUCACUGUCUUUGUCCAUCUCUCCCACACUCCCUCUCUUUCUUUGUCACUUCCAGAAGUGUCAGCCUGGAGACACGGUUCAGCAUUAGCAUAGCCCUGACUGGAGCAACAUUACAGACUCAGUCAUGCACAAGUCAGGACACAGCAAUGUCAAUCAACACCCAGGCCAUUAACAUCCUCUCCUCUGGUGUCUUGGCUACAUCGGUUGCAUGUUAAUUAUCCUGCUCUCAAACUGUAAAUAUUGACAUGCAUAUUCAGUCAAAACAAAGGAUUAGGAUUAGGGGUGGAUUAGAGGAGGUAUUCUUUGAACUCAGAGGCUUUAUGACCUCCAUGUCAAUCCGAACUGGACACAUUGAUUUCUUUAAAAGUGGAGUUGAUUGACACAGAUGACGUCAGCUUUUCCACACAGCUGCUUGAUUUAAUGAUGUCUAAUUAAGAUAAACCAACAUCCUUAGGCUACGCUACAUUAUGGGGUUUAUUUCAGGAGGGCAUUCAGAACACAGUGUACAUUGUAGCAUGUUGGCUAGUGACAGCAGUGUGUUGCAUGAUAGAGGCUCUGCGUUGAGCAUGUGACUGCAGUAUGCUGGAACAACAACAAUAGCAGAAGGAGGAAACAGCUCGGGUGAGCUCAUCAAAAAGACAGAACACCAGUGUUGGCAGUGCAGAUCUGUGUGUGUGUGCUGAUUUCAGCAUCUCCUCUGUACUGUAUGAUGAUUGAUGCUUUUAGAACAAGAGCUCUGGUCAGCCGCUGUGUAGAUCAAGGUUUUCCCAAGGAGAUAUGAGAGCAUUUGCUGCUUAUCAGUCACGUACUGUACACUAAUCCUUUUCUUUGAUACUGUAAGUUCAUUCAAUACUGUACAUAUUCUAAAUGUUUCUCUGAUUUAGCUUCUGUUGGAUCUAGUCAAUAUUCUUAGGAUGUCUGAUUUGUGGAGUGACAAUUCAACAUGCCUUCUUCCCUGAACUGAAGCCACACUACAUUGAAAGACAAGUAGGAAAACGUAUAUUUGUAUGUGAAAUGUCAGUGGGAAAUACACAGUAAUUGAAGUUAUUGUAUCAGUCUAUCAUCCUAGCAUGAUUAAAGGGAUUCAACCCAUGUUGUUGCCCCUCUCCUUGACCUACACAAAGUCAUUGCUAUGUUCAUCAAUCAUUAAAGGCCUUCCCAGAAUCUUCCCCAUCCCAUUCCUUCUCCCCUUCCCCAACGCCCUUCAAUCUCAAAGUCAUUGGUUGGUUACUUUGUCAAUUGUCAUAUGGAGUUGUCAUAUAGAAUUGGAUACUUUGAUUUUUGCUUUUCCCUUCGCCUGUUUGUAGUAAAGAAUCAAAGAUCAGGCCUACAUAUGCUUAUGACGAACAGCAACACAAAAUGAGAGAAACCCAUACAUAUACAGGAGGGAGUACAAAACAUCUCUUCUCACUGUACAGCAUUAAUCAUUAUUAUGAAAAUUAUGCAAUUUUCUAUUUUCGCUACACCAAUUAUCCCAUAACCGGUGAACAGAUAUGUAUGCAGCUGAAACAUGCCUCUCACGGAGGAGGAGGCUGAAGCAGGGGGUGCCUGCCAAAUGGUGGUGUAGCACUGGAGAGGUUUGACAAGCUGAGUGCAUGUCAACCCCACGGGUACCGUCUGGAGCUGAGGCUGGGGCUGAUUCCCAUUCAGGCGAUAGAAGAUGAUGGACUUUAUCAGCUCUCUGGCCUCUGAGAAAUAGCCCUCGAACAAUGUCUUAGAAAUUAGAAAUAGCCCCUGGAACAAUAUAUUAUGUGUUAUGUCCAGCGUUAGGCCUAUGUGUCAUUCACCUACAGCCUAUUGGGACAAUACCAUAACAGCUGGUGUAAGAUAAUGACUUGUGUAUUCAGUGUGGGUGUAAACUCAUUAGUCACAGAACACAUACACCAUACUUUAGUGGUCCAUUAGCAGUCCAUGGAGAGCAAUCCAUCCCUCCUACACACACAACACAACUCCCUCCAUCCUCGUAAACCCCAUUAAUUUAACAUGCUCAUAAAUGCCAGUCAAGUAUAACAUAUUUUACACUUAAUUUCUCACAACCACUGCCUUAUUUACUUACUAUUUAAACACAGAAAUCAUCAAACAUCUGCUUAUCCUCCAUUCUGCACCUUACGUAAGGGUGUCCUUACAUAAGUGCCAGGCUAGCAGACAGGCUUCUGUGCUGACGGAGUGAGGGAGAGGGAGGAAGGUCAUUGUGACUCCUCCGGCAGAGUACAGAGGGAGCCAUCGCACCCAGCAUGACUUGGCAGUCUUUUGGUCUAGACACUAACUACCUCACGGCGCGUCUGCUUUUACGAGUUAUAUUCUCUUAUUGUUAUUAUUGCUCCUGGACCCUUGUGUCACAACAGGAUAUUUGUAUUUUAUCUCCCUGCCUGCAGUUUGGGCUCCUAACUUCCCCUCUGUCAGAGAUAGGCUACUUGUCUUGAAUAUCCAUAUGGUGUUUGGCUCCCUCAGCGAUCCCAGGGCAUCCCCUGUAGUUCACUUCUGAAACCGGAGAGUUCAAACUCCCCAAACACAUAAUUUAGGUGUCCCUUUCAAUUUAACCGAGAAUAGCCUGGACCGAAUUUAAUUUCUGAGGUAUCAUACAAUACUGCACCAGACAGGAGACCUAAAUAAUACAGUGUAGCCUACAACUCAUGCGAAGCGAAACUAUUUAUAGUUAACUGUGGCUGUGAGAGCACUGACUGCGGUCUACUGUAUCUGUUGUCUGAUCAGAUGUUGUGUGUGUAUUCUAAGACCAGUGUGAUAUUGUUAGCCCUGGUUCCAUUGGUUCUGUGCCAUCCUCGGGAAUAGUAAACUCUGGUUUCCUAUGCCAGGGAAGUCUCUGCCAUGCUCUGUGUGUCAGGACUGAUGUCAGGUCAGACACUGUGCCAGCCCGGCCAGGGUGUUGCUGGGGCGGUGGGGAUGUGGUUUUUGGGCUGUGUUGGCAUAACUCCACUUAUGUGUUCUGAGGGGAGGCGGACGUGCUGCAUGGAACGUACAUAGGAGAGGACCAACACCUUGAUGGUCCCCAGAGGCUGCUGUUGCUGAGCAACACAAAAUGCUGGGACUUACACCUUCCCUCACGUGACUCUUUCAGAUAUCUUUGUUUUAUCAUGAAAGAUGUGCUGGUAUUUAACACUAGAACCUGGUGUGUGUGUGUAUUUCUCCCCGUUUGGUAUUUUGUAUGUCUCAUUGAAGGACAUAUCACACAGUACUUGACUCUACACGCUGAUGGAUGACUUUAUGACUUUAUUUUUGUAAUAUCACCUAAGUUGCAUCUAGUCAAGCAGAAGAGGUCAGAUUGACAUGCAAUGAUUUCUCUGGGGUUGUGUGUGUUUGAAUGUAGCUCCUGUAGCUCAGUUGGUAGAGCAUGGCGCUUGCAACGCCAGGGUUGUGCUUUCGUUUCCCACGGGGGGCCAGUAUGAAAAAUGUAUGCACUCACUAACUGUAAGUCGCUCUGGAUAAGAGCGUCUGCUAAAUGACUAAAAUGUAAAUGUAUAUGGGCUGAAUGAUCUGGUAAAACAGUGGAGCCCUACAGGAGUAAACACCAGAUAGUACAGUGAGUUCCUCUAGGCUGUAAUUUAAGCUUAAACUGAGGUUUUUAUGUCAAUCAUUUAUGACACAGACGGGAAAGGGUUGCCGCUGGAACCUCAGAUGCUCUCGUCUGGUUGGUCGGUUGCGUAACCAUAGUAAUGGCCCUUGGUGCUGUACUGUCCCCUCUCGUCACUGUCACCCCUCUGCUGUGUUCCAGAGAGGGCUGCUUUUAGGGACAGCACCCUGAGACACAUUAGAGUAGCCUAUUAGUCUAGGCCAGACAUCAACUGACAUGUUAGAUCAGGUGGGUAUUCAAUGUGCUUGUCAGUUGUUGGAGGUGGAGUUCAUAGAACUAAACAUUUCUAGAGUAGCCUAGCAUAGCAAAAAUAUAUAUAACUGUGUCCAAAUACUUAUGAAAGGCACUGUAGCCUACAUUGAAACCAGGAGGGCAAUUUUGCUUGCAAGCUUCGUGAGUGGUAGGGUUGCAAAUCUACCGGUAAUUUACCAAAGUUACCAGAAUUUUCAGUAGUUCAGGUAAUUCUUUGCAGUCUAUGGAAGCAAUUGGUCAUUUAUACUUUAAUCACUUUAAAAUAUAUAUAUAAAAUUACAAUUUUUUCUUUAACUUUAACUUUUAGGCAGGGGCAACAGAGUUAGGUACUUUAGCUUAACAUGGUCACAUGCAAUGUUAGCUAAGCUGCAAGUGUGCACGGGCGUGCAGCUCCCCCGGGACUGCAGCGCAGAAGAAAUAUCAGCCCGUGCAGAGAAGCACAAGAUUGAUCUUCACUUAACUUUCUUGAGUUUUCCCCUUUAGUUAACACUAUCAACAUUUCCCUUUACUGUGGGAAUUGUGAUUGAAUCAAUGCAAUAUUAGCCACUUUCAAUGCAACAUACCGAAACAAAACAAACUAUGCAAGAGAUGUUGUUGUAGGCAGAACGCAUCAGAGUAGGAUUCCAUUGUAUUGACAAGCAUGACUCAGUCCGUACUCUACACAGACGGGUGUGGCAUAACCAAUCAGAGCUGCAGUAGUCUAAUAUGCAAAUAGACCAUUGCCAUAUAUGGAUCUAUGCCAUUCACUUUGAACUGGACUGUGUUUACAGCAUGAGUGGACGUGAGUAGGUGCGCUUGUUUUGAGAUCAAAGCGAGAGCUGCAUGUAGCCACUUGUGCACAUUUUUUCAUAUCCUUUGCUAGUUAGUGAGUUAUUAGCCCAGUUAUAGAUCAUUUGUAGUCAGCAAUGGAGGAGUGAUUGCUUCUUAAAAGAGCACAAAAUGUGUACAUUUCUAGACAUCUUUGAAAAGAGAGUCAGGUAUAUAUUUUUAUAUUUUGAGACAGCCUUGAAUAAACUAAGUAGCCAAUAGGCAGAGGGUAGCAUACUUUGUCUGAUUCUCUGUAAUAAUGGUAUGGGAAUAAUAAUGAAUUUUAUUUUGUAAAGUGGUUUCUUGCAUCAAACAACACAACAACAUUUUCAAUCACCUCCUUGUCUGAAGGAAAAGUGGAUAAGCAGGUUAAUGUCAAGCCCUGCAUGUUUUUUUCAAAGGUCUCAUGGAAUGUAGGCCUACAUUGAACACCACACAUUGGCUGCUACUGUAGGCUGAAUGAAAGAACAGCUAUUUCCAUGUUAAAAUGUUAUGGGAUGCAUUUUCUCCAUUGUUUUUGAUGGUAGGCAACUCUGUUAGGCUGACAUUAUGAUCUAAUAGCCACAGUAGCCCACUUGACCACUGUCUGAAACUGUAACUUAAAGCGGGUACAGCCUCAGUGUUCACAGUAAACGCACGCUGGAAGUUGCACAGAAUUUUCACAAUGUUAAAGUUUGCGCUCAGCAGACUUGAAAUUUGCUCAGUGGCGAAAAGAAUUAGAGGGAACAUUGGUCACAUGACUUGGUCACUUGGUCCUAUCUCUAACACUCGAUUUUCAGUCCUGAUGUUGAUGUCCUGUUUUUUGCCUCUCUUCAUUGCAGGCUCCAGUAUGAUGCCAGGAGGACAGAUGGGGACGGGGAUGCAGCGGCAGGAACCAAUGGGAGAGAAGCAUCCCUGUCAAACUGGACAACAGUCUGCCUUCAAUGCUGACUACCUUUCAGGUGAAGCUUCUAUCCCCCGGUUUGAAUUCCUCUAGUGUUUUACUGUAUGUAUGCUCAAGCGAUAAGGCAUGCCCAGUGAAAAGGCAUUUUGUGAAAGGACAGGUUUCCAUUGUUUCUAUAUCUGAUUAUAUUUUACUGUCAUAGUCAUUUGUUUAUCCUUAUCAUCAAGAGCCUAAGAUGCUAAAGAUCCCUCUGUGGUAUAUUAAGCUGUCUGGUUACCUAGAGCUGCCUGCCAAGUAUCCCUGGCACAGCCCGGGCACUCUCAGGAAUGUAAAUUGGGCAUUACGGUAGUGCAGGACUGCUAGUUAAACGCGUGCCUGCAUCUAAGUAAGGCUGUUACAUUUUACAUUUACAUUUUAGUCAUUUAGCAGACGCUUUUAUCCAGAGCGACUUACAUGUUGUUGUCUUCUUGUUGCUGUCUUCUCUGACCAUCUGGACAUUCAUAUUCCAUAGCUAACUAUGAUUUAUGUGAUUGUGAAUGUGAUCACUAUCUCCUUUGGGGGUUUUAGGCUGGCUAUUCAUUUGCGUCUGUGGUGUACUCAUCUGUCAUUGGUAGCUGAUGUCUGAUGUCUCUCUCUCUCUCUCUCUCUCUCUCUCUCCUCUCUCUCUCUCUCUCUCUCUCUCCUCUCUCUCUCUCCUCUCUCUCUCUCUCACUCACUUUCUCUCUCCCCCUAACUUAUCUCUAGGCCCAGUGUCUAGUAUGAUGGGAAUGUCUGGUGAUCAGUGGGGGAACCAGAACAAAGGAAUGAAGGACAGCAACAUGCCAGACUCUCUCAUGGGUACUGCUUAAUAAUACUGUACAGUGUUUAUGUAACACCAUCAUGUAGUUAGGGCUGUGACGGUCAUGUAAUUUUGGAUGACGGUAUUUGACCAGAGCCAAAUGACCACGGUCACCGUAAUAACCUUUAGAAUAAAAUAAAAAAUAUAUAAAAUAUAUAAAUAUAAUAUAUAUAUAUUUUUACACACAUUUUCUCCUCUUCGCUCCUGACUGCACGGGCUGCCAUAGAAAUAUAAUGAAUAGAACAGGCAUCCCCAUUCAAGUCAAUGAAGCAGGAAGUAAAAUAUGUGCUAAAAUAUGUUCUGUGAUUUGUUGAUUCAACCAGAGAUACUUUUGAGGAGAUGAGAAACUCCAUUGGAAUCGUAUUUACGCCCAUUGUGUACAUUGCCUAUGCGUCAUCAAUGGGCCAUGCGGUGCAUUCUGGGCGAUUCUAGGACAAGGAGAGCACUCCUUCAAGAAGUGAAUUGGAGUAAAUUGGGCCAUUGAUGACGCAUAGGCAACGUACACAAUUGGAGUAAAUUGGAGUAGAUUGGGCUCAAAAAUCCAACAUUAGUAUGAAUUCUGUGAACAAGAAGUACAACGUUACAAAUCUUUUCAGAGAAAUUAGAUAAUUAACUUGUUCUCUGUAAUAUCGUAUAGCUUUGGAAUCGUGACAUUAUGUAGGCCUACUUUCAAGGAAAAUAGGCAGGUUUCUCGACUCAUACCCUGACUUUAAGAAGGGAUUGCGUGACGAUUAGCUUAUCUACCGCAUGACGCAGUAUGACAAAGUGGACGUGAUUGGUUGACAGUCUGCUGUGUUUGGUGUUAUACGUUUUUCCAUUCAUUGCCCAAUGGGAUUCCUACCUUCUCCUUUCUCUAAUAUCUCUGACUCAACUCAACUGGCAUUACAUCAAUACAUUCCAUUGCAUGAGCCACAUCAGUUAACAUCAUUUGAAUGAACAUUCUACAUUACCAUGGAAAUUAUUGCAUCACAAUAACAGGCAGCCAUUGCUAGUGUACCUAUGAGUUUACCAGUAAAAUUUCCAGAGUUAGAGGUGCGAAGCCCAUUCUAUUCAUUAUAUUUCUAUGUGACUUCGCUUGUUUCAGCAAGGCGCAACAAAGUUUUGUCACGUUAAGAGUCCAUGUUAUGGAAGAAACGGACUCAACCACACGAAUGCCCGACCGUCCCGUCUUCAAUCAGCUGUUUGUCUCAGGGAACCAGUGGCAAUAUAUCUAAAACUUUCCCUUUGGAUGACUAAGUUAUGUUAGGUUAUGACGGUCAUUUUAUUUUCAUGACGGUCUUCACCCAUAGGCUAACCGUCGAUUACAUGGUUAUACGGUAAUACGGUAAUUGUGCCAGCCUUACAUGUAGUGCUUAUCACUGUGUAUUAUAGCACAAUAUAGUAGUAAUAACCUGUAUAAUAGAGUAGUUAUAACACAUCAUAGAAUAGAAUAACCUGUUUGUCUUAAUUCCACUCCCAGGUUUCUCCCAUCCAGGGAUGAUGAGCAUGAACAUGAAUAUGAACAUGGGUUAA